CGUACGUACGUACAUAGAAAUGAGACGAGACAUUCAAUUGUUCCGCAAACGUAAUCGGCAGCGAAAUUACCGAGACCGUAAUUAUCGCCGAACUGACGUAUGUCAAAACCACCAAAAUUUCUCGUAACCGAUACACGCCAGUAGCAGCGGGUCGGGUUAACAGCGUGGAUUAAAAUCAUGCGGUCGGUAGUGCAGAAGAAAUCCACACAUUAGCCAAUUGACGAAACAGAAAUACCUGCACGUCGAUCGAUAUUAUGCCUCCUUUACGCCCGAAGUACGAAUGAGAAAAAAAAUGUGACGAAAAGCUCGACCACAUUCGGAAACGAUAUGGAAAUCGAGGGAGAAUUGUCGGGCGACGUUUUACGCGUAGACCAGUUAAAAAAAACUCGCAGAAAACGUAUGAGAGUACAAGAUAACCGGAAGUGUUUGGAAGAUACCGCGUAUCUCUCCGCGUGCCCAGUUCCUCGCUCAGCGGGAAUAACUCGUCUUCCGGUCGAAGUUCUCAUCGAAAUUUGUACCUACUUGAAUUCCCGAGAUCUUUUCAAUCUUCGCGAAGUUUGCGAGUUCUUCAAAAUCGUGGUCAGCAGCCCGGUGGUGUGGAGGACGUACGAGGUCACGGGUAACGAGGUAAACACUUACGAAGUUAUCGACGAGUUGCGUCGGAUGCCGUUUCUCAGGAAAUUCAUCCUCGCCGCGAGGACGGACUGCGACGAGAUCAUACGUCAGUUGUCCGUGACGAACAAGAGCCUCGAGGAAUUGCACAUUUUGAAUUGCACCGGGUCAGCGGCAAAGCUUUACUUGAAGCCCAAUUACCUAAUAAGGAUAUUGGACAGAUGCAGCCGGCUGCACACCAUCAAUAUCCUCGGCUGCAGGUUCCGAGGUGUCAAAUUUUACCGUCGUCUGGCCGAUAUGGGAUUACGAUUGAGGGCCGCUAACACCCCCGCCACUUACCUGCAAUUCAAAACGUUCGCCGACAACGCUUUACACAUUCCCGAAGCCGGUAGAAAGGUCAUAAUCGAUAUGUGCUUCGGUGUUAGACAGUGGUCACCGUUGCACUACUACGUCAUCGACCAAAGAGGAUCCGCACCUACGGUUCUGAUCAGUUACCUGAACAGAGAUUUCAUUUCGGUUCUCGUUUUGGACGAGGUCUGAUCCGGAUAAAUUUUUUUUUCACGCAAACAACGCACCGCUAAAUUUACUGGAAGAAAAGAAUUAUUCGGACCCGAGGUCAUCCCCAGAACUUUGCCCUUGCCACGCAAUGGUAAAGAUUUUAUUCGGAACGAUGACUUUAUCUCGAAGUCCUCGCACGCGAAAAUUCUCCUACACAUUACGCGCGUCCCAUCGAUCUUGCCGUGCGCUACAAAUUGUUAUUUCGACGGACGUGUACGGAUUCAAUAUCGUAAACAUGACUCUGGGUAGAGAGACAUGUGCACGUGGGGGGAUCCGUAUAGACGGAAUAUUUGGGUAACGUCGUUCAGUCACACCAUUUUUCAUAUUACCUGCGUUACACAGGUAUAACUGUGUAUAUUUACUCACACGAAAAGCGAGUCGCGCCGCUAUAAAUUAUAUGAAAAUCGGAAUAUGCAAUCCGUGUGCACGCGUUCGGGGAUAAACGACGUGAAAAAUGUCAUGCAGAUGAAUAAAUUCAUCGUGUAUUGUUGAUAUCGAUCCGCGGAGGUCAACGACACGCCAUCGUCAUUUUGUCUUUAGCUUUUGUAAACGUGUUCGAUAGUACAAAUACUGCAUUUGAUUUUGUAGAUCGAUUAUAUUGUAAAUACAUAUGAUGUUUUUUUACAAAACGGACUCCACAUUAUUCUUCUCUUUCAAAUUUCGAAUCGAGAGUGCGUUAGAAUUUUAUUAGCGCACGGAGCGCUUAUACAUACGGAAAGAGAAAUAUUAGAAAAACGAGUAUCGAUUUGCCAGUCGUAUAAACGGCACUGCAAUAACGAUCCCUAUCAAGUCCUUGCGGUGCGAUACCCACCGGGUGGGCGGAGGAAAAACAAUAUCUAAAAUUGAAUGAAAACCGUAUCGUUUUAUGCAUUUCGUUGACAAGGUUGUACGAGUUAAGGUUUCGUGUGUCCACCCCGUAUAUACCUACGCAGGUAAAUGCGAGUAGAUAUCUGCAUUAGACUUUCAAAUGUUGAAAAUCGAUAUCCCACCGUGCAGCUCGCGUCACUCGUGAUUAAGACCGCAGCUGUUUUUUUUUUACGCGAGUCUCAGACAAAGUGUUUAAUCGAUUAAUCGUUAAGCCAUUAUACCUAUUAACAUAUAUCGCUCGUACAUCACUCCUCAUUUUACCGCUCGAAAGUCAAGGGUGAAGAACACGCCCAACGAUCUCUCACGGCGAGUGGGAAUCUCGACGCUUUGAAAAAUAGCACGUGAAACGCGAUCGAGUUUCCCGGUCACCCCGUAGACGAGCGAGCGAUUCGACGGGACUGGUUUAUCGAAACGCUAUACAUCGAAGACGUGCGAAUUAAGUUCAACAAUUAAUUACGACUCACUUAUCGACUCGCGGCGCGGCAAUUAACGAUUCAUUGACCGUACAAGGUAAGUGCGAAAAAGUAAAAGAAGAACUACGGCGUAACCUGUGCGUACGUGCAUACUUUCCAAAGAAAUAGAGCAGCCGGGGUGUUCUUUUUAUUUCGUACAUAUCGGCAAAUCAAUGCCAUCGCUUACUAAACCGGAACUGAAUCAGACGACGCUCUUUUAUGGCGAACGAGACGAAGGAUUUUUUUACGGAAGCGAAAAAAAAUAUCGUCGCAGAAUCUCGAGGAGCUAUAGGAGGUGAAAUAUGGAACGAUCGUUAAUUUCGCCGUACUUGCAGUACUCGACCAACGAUACGAGAAUCGCGUUUGCGAUUUCUUAUCAAAAGAUUGGCGAGGGAUUACAGCGUACCCUAAAUGUUUUAUCGUACGAAUUUCACCUUAAUUGUUUGUCGUACACUUCAAUCUGUGCCGGACAUCUUGAUUUGACGCGUGUAUUAUUUUUUCGAAGAUUAUAACGUUCACGUGGAGCGCUACUCCGCUCGUUUUCUCCGAAGAGUCUCUCUUAAACUUUACAUGCGUACAUUGUCUGUACCGUCCGCAUUUACCCUCGCGCGGAGUUCCGCGUCGCGAAAAAAAGAUGCUGAUUAUAAUUACAACGAAACGAGGUCACUGUGCUUCACCGUCUUUGGAAAUGCUCUCCCAUACGAUAAUUAACGACUAACUGGUUAAUUGACGGUCGAAAGGUCGACCACGUGUCCGCGAACGAUAUCCCUGCGAAAUUGCCUCCAAUAACGAGAAUUACGCACAGGCGACGAGACGUCGAUUCAGAUUCCUGAUCGAUCGCGUCUUAAAAUCGAUCAAAUUUUUCGAACCGAAAUAAAGGAGAGAGAAAAAAAAUUUUCAUUACUUCGACGUAACGUUUGUUUGCGGCAAGCGUGACUCGAGCCCGUUACUACCAGUUGGAAAAUAGAGGAAUGCUAUCUAUGCAAAUAUAAUAGGAUGAUUCCGUGAUCGUAUAGCCUGCACAUGGGACACGGACAGGUUGUAAUAUAGAUGACUUCUUCAUUCAUGAAGCGAACAACAGGUAUUUCCGAUUUUGCCAAGCCCACUCCACAUCUUCGAGUAUACGUAGGUAUUACGCGUGUACGCUAUACGUUACACGUAUUUCAGCGUCAUACCUAACAUACGUGUGACCGGAAAUCGUGCGACCGAUCGACGGCAUUCGACCAAUUUUCUCUGGCUUUGAAUUAAUUCGACCGUAAAUCAAAUCGCCAUUCGAUAAAUUCAAUUGAAUUUCGCUGAAAAAAUCAUCGUCGCGCACAUAGGUAUGUGACAACGCCUUCUCUCACUGCAGCGCGCGCUGCAUCGGGAAUCCAAAAAAAAAAGGAGUAAAAAACCAAAAAAGAGUAGAAGAAACACGUAGGGAAGUUACUCGAGCAGAAUGCAAUUUUUUUUUACCUCGUAAAAAGAAGAGGAGUAUUGUGAACGGAAACUUAAUGGAAUUAAAUCUAUUUAUAGUCACGGAACUGAUGAGAUAAUUGCUCGUUUUUAUUUCUCUUUUCUUUCGUUAUUCUUUCGUCAUUUUACUACGGCGUCAAAUCGAAUCGUCACCGUGAAAUUUGGGCAUCUUUUAUCCGGGUCAUUUGAAACCCUCGCGUAGUUAGCCCGCCCAAAAGUCUCGAGAACCAUCAAGAACAGAAAGAAAGAAAGGCGAGUCGGUUCGCAGAUAACGUUUGAAAUUUGGGCCGGUAUCGUUUGGUUCACCCGGUACACAGAUUGAAUUUAGACCGUAUCUUAUAUCUUCGGGAAUCCAGGGCAUGCAUUAUUACGAAGUCGAGAUGCGGUUUGAUACUAUAAUUAUUAUUA